CCGAGGCCCGCGGGCCUUCCUGCCUGCGUCCGCAACACUGCGUCCUUGGAGCCUUCUCGCCUAGCGGCCGUGACGCCCAGGCUGCUGCCCAGCGCAACCCCUCUCAGCCAGGAGUGCCACACCAGUGGGUGCUCAGCAGAAUGUCGCUGAACGCCUGGGAGUGGGAGGAUGAGGACCCGGUGAGCAUGGGGCCCAUGUCCUCCAUGGCCAGCUUUUACCAGUCUGGAAGUGAGUGUGAUGUGGAGGAGUACCUGAAGGUCAAAGCCCAAGCCCAGGAGUCGGACUCUGAGCACCCCUGCAGCAGCGAGUCCUCAUUUGGGCUUGCUAGCACCUUCAACUCCGAUGUGCCCCAGGCUGUCCCCUGCAAGUUCAUCAUCUCACUGGCCUUCCCAGUGAACACUGGUUAUAAAGGAAAAUAUACAGGUUUGAUGGAAAAACAUAAGAAACACCCUAAAAUGGACAAACCUGCUGCAAAGUUUCGCCGUUACUACCACAUUGAGUAUUUCCUUCUGCCAGAUGAUGCGGAGCCUAGAAAGGUUGACAUGGUGCUGUUUCCCCUGGUGGCCAAAGUGUUCCUGGACUCAGGAGUAAAGACAGUGAGGCCGUGGCAUGAAGGGGACAAAGUCUGGGUGUCAUGGACCCAAACUUUUAACAUCAACGUGACGAAGGAAUUACUCAAGAAAAUAAAUUUUCACAAAAUAACCUUGAAGGUCUGGGACGCAAAGGACAAGGUUUCAAGAAAAGUCCGGUAUUACCGGUUAAAGAAUACUGGGUAUUCCGAAGAUAUGGGAUCUUUCGAAGAAGUGAAAAGUUUGGUUUUAAAUCAGAGAAGAUUGUCUGCACAGGCCCCAGACAUCAAAGAGGAGUGGAACCAGGAGGAUGCACAAGAUAAAGCAGAAAAAGCAGGAAAACACAUCAAGUCUUUGCGUGCGGAGUUUGAAACUUUUCCCAAGAUCCCCGAGGGAGAUGAGAAGGUACUCAGAAUGGAAGAACUUGCCACAGUUCGAUGGAGUAUUUCAAGAGAAACAGCUCUUUCUUUGGGAGCAGCAGUCAGCAUGGAGAUGGAAGGAGAAGAUCAUCAUGAGAGAUCAUCAUUUAGCAGCUUAACAAACAUGUUAGAAAAGCAAAAAUUUCAAAUUAAAAGGAAAGACUCAGAGGGGAGAAAGAAGAGCCAGAAGAGAGGGAAGAAAUCUCAAACAGAAGAGGAAACUGACCUCAAGAUGGAAGGAGAUUGGAAGCAUGGUACCUUCUCCACCGAGCUAGCAGUGAUGCCACUCCUCGCAGGUGGCUACCCCUGGUCCCAGCGGGUCUUGGUUGUUUUGUCCCAUGUGGCUAGAAUGUCCAUAAACAGGAUGCCCGCAUUGACCAAGCCUCUGUUCUGCCACCUAGCUUCAUGCCCACAGUCACUUCAGCAAAGUGGAGGAUGGCAAACUAUUGUGAGUCGUGGUAGGGGGAAGUCUGCCAGCAUUUUAGAUUGUUUUUUGACUUUAAAAACAGAAGGUCCUAUCAUGACUGAGGAGCAAAAGCAGGACUUAAAUCCCUUGACCAUAAAGAUCAAGUGUGUUUCCUGCCUUCCGUCACAACCUGUUCCCUUCCAUGAACUAGAGAGGCUGUGCCUCCCUGUGUACUGCAAGUACCAGUUCUUUAAGACUCCGGUUCACAGAACGGAGGGGCGGCCCCAUGCAAUCCACAUCCAUUUCCAGGACAUCAAUGUCAUCUUUCUUGGGGCAAUGCAGCCCAGUGACCUGAGGGAAUACCUGGAGGGCCCCCCCAUGGUGGUGCAAGUUCAUGACAGGGACCGCAAGUUAGAGGAGUAUUCCCGGAAGCCCACCCUGUUUGGGGAUGACCCCUUGGACGCAUACCUCAAUCUCCAGUCCCUCAUCUCUCCAGAAGAGACAGAGAGCAACCCCUUUGAAUCCCAUAACAAGAUAUGGGACCCUUAUGGGAUUGCCCAGGUCAGUUUUGCAGACCUUCUCCUAGGCCAGAAGUACUUGAACUUGGUCGUCCCCAUCCACAGCUGUGAACACAAGCCCAAACACCAUGGCCAGGAUGGCAAGAGCAGGAAAGUUGUGGGGUUUCGGGUCCCCACAGAUGGCUUCCAGCGCAAGCCAAUGCCUAUGGGUAACUACCUUGAGGCCAACUCUCUGCUCAAGAUGCGGGUGGACAUCGCUGUGCCGCUGCAGGCCAGGGCUGAAGCCCCUGACCCAGAGCUUUCAGGUACCCAGUUUGGCCGCAUCAUUUUCGUGUUUGACUCCAAGAAGAUCUCCCUCCUCUAUGGCCUGCUGCAGGACAUCACCAUGAUCAAUGCCAAGGCCCUUGAUCUGGAGGCCCACCCUAUCAGGAACAUCCAACAAAUCCUCUCAGCCUUUAAGAUGCGGGUGAAGAUCCAGGAAAGGCAGGACCUGGAUGUGCUCACUGGCUUCCACCUGCUGGAUGGGAAGCUCCACCUUCUCAUUCUGGAGGGCUUGGCUGACCAAGGCUUGAAGCAGCUAUGGGACAGCCAUCAAAGCCGAAUCACCGGGGCAGAGCCGGGCAAACACAAGGUGCUCUACAACUCGGCGCUACGGUUCCGCCACCGCCUCUACGCCGACCUGGAGACCGUCCUGUACCAGGUGCACCUCUUCAAGCCGCUGUCGCAGCUCAUGAAGCACUCGGCGCUCUACGUCCGCAACAGCGUUCUGCAGAAGGCCUUCCAGGCCCUGACCAGGAUCUACUCCAUCUGCCAUCACAGCACCAAGCUCAGGGAGGUGAUCACGAGAGGCCUGCUGCCAUCCUCCGCCAUGGUCAAAGACUUGAGCCAAGAGCUGGGGCUGCCCAUUUCGCAGGACGAUCUCGCAGAUGGAAAACUGAUGGUCUUGCCGUCUCAGCCUGCCCCUUGUCCUGAGCGCUUCUUAAGUAGGAAAUCCAUGCUGGCUUACGAGAUCCAGGCCCACAGGGACAAGUAUCUGCGGUGGCGGAACACCGUCUUGCUCAAGAGCAAAGGCCAGGAGCCCAGCCUCAUCCAGAAAAAUAUUACUGGAGCCUACCAGCUUGGCAAGAAGCCUUCAAAGUCUGUGGUGAAGGUGAUCCGAAUUUCAGCCCCGGCCAAAGACGCGGUUUAUAACUACAGUAUCCAGACCCUGAAUUCCACAGAGCUUGCUAAGAAGGAGCUGUAUCGAGAGAUGGCCAAGGAGCCAAGGAAGAGAUUCACAUACUCCCAGAAGUACCUCUCGGCCAUGGUGGAGCCUCAAGACUCUGAGGAGGAGGAGAAGAGAGCCAAGAAGAGAUCCCGCCAGGCCUGGCUCACAGCCAAUGGAUUCCAAUUGACAGGUCUUCACAGAAGCCCGGAAAGUGACUGUCACCUGAGGCUGCUGCCCAUCGGCACCGUCCCAGAGCUAAAAGAGGAGUGGAGGGAAAAUGCCGGGUUUGCUGCCAUGCUGGAUCGAGAGCGGUGGGGCUGGGACCGGCGCCACCAGGACUUCGACCUGUAUAGGCAGCCCCCACUUUUCCUGGAGCUGCCCCCUCCUCCAGCACCGAGGCCUGCGACAGGCAGAAAGACGAAAGUGAGUGGCCCUGUGUCCUGAGUAGCACAGACCUUCUCAUUGGAACGGACCACCAGUGCUGGCCAUGGCCACAACUCAGCAAACCCGCUGGCGGCCUGGGCCCAUGCCUGGGUUGAGGCCCUUGACUUGCCCAGUUCCUUGUCCCGACUGGGCCAUGCCGCCCACUGACCCCUUCCCUCAACCACAGGCCUCAUUAAAGUUCAGAGGACAGAGCUGGCACAAGGCUCACCUCGU